AUGUCUAUUGACGAUGACCUACAAGAGCCUCUCCUUGAGCGGAUGAGCGCCUCACCCGAGCCAGCUACCACCACAGAUUCUUCAAAGAAACGAAAGCGCGGGGAAGUAGAGCAAGGUGCAAAGAAGGCUGCGAAAAAAGCAAAGAGCAAGAAGGCAAAGGCAAUUGAGGAGGAUGAGUUGGAUCUGGAGGCUGGAAUCAACAAGGCAUUUUCAAACAUGGACAGUCAAUUGUUGGCAGACUAUGUGGCACAGCGGACGAGGAAGCACGAGAGCGAAUUGUCAACGAUAGAGCUUGAAGAUAAAUACCUCCCAGCGACUGCAAUUGAAGAUACGACUUCUUGGUCAAAGCCUAGAACACUUGAUAAUCUCCCCGGUUUCUUGGAGAAGUUCGCAGGAAACUCCACGAAACUUUGGUCGGCGUCUAAGAAGAAUGGUGCACCUCACACAAUAAUAGUUGCCGGAGCAGGAUUGAGAGCGGCGGAGAUUGCAAGGGAGAUGCGAAAAUUCCAGACGAAGGAUGCAACAGUUGCAAAAUUAUUUGCAAAGCACAUCAAGAUCCAAGACUCCAUAAAGUUUCUGAAGUCUACAAGAACAGGAAUUGCAGUUGGAACGCCUACGCGGCUGAAGGACUUGAUGGAUGAUGGCGCAUUGCAAGUGGAUCGAUUAGAGAGGAUAGUCAUCGAUACUUCACACAUCGACGUAAAGAAGAGGGGAAUACUGGAGAUGAAGGAGACUCAAGUGCCACUGACUGUUUGGUUACUCCAGAAAGAGUUCAUGGAUAAGUAUGGAGCCAAGGACGGAGGCAUUCAGUUGCUAUUCUACUAG